AAGGAAAGGCACCGCCUCAUCUCUUAGUUAAACACGGGAGCAACAACAGUUGAUGAAGAAUAGCAAAAUUCCUAUUUUCAAUUCUCGGACAUUUGACAAGAAUCUAGCAAGUCUACAGCAAUGGGGAGGAUGCAGCGACUGACAUUAUGUAUAUUGCAAGUGCUGGCAGUGAUCUUGCUGGUUGAAGGGAGCUGUGACAUAAGCACAUGUUCAGUUGUCAUCUACAGGGACUGUCAAGCUGCACCUGCCUGCGGCUCAAGAAAUGGUUUCUCCUGCAGUUACAUAUCUCAAGGCAUAUCAACGUCUGCAUGCGCCUGGAAUCCUUGCACGCCUGUUAUCGGUAAUGGUAACUGGCAGUCAGUUUGCGGUGGCAUCGACGCAAUCGACAUUAAAGGCCCGUGCAAAGCGCAGCUAGCACAACAGUCUAAUGGCGGACUGCCUUACACCAAAAUUUUUCAACCUGGCUUUCAUGGUGUCUGGCAAACAUUCGAGAAUGGAGUUCAUUUUGGGGACCGCGUUUUGUCAGUCAAGAUGUCUUGUGCUGACACAGACGAAUGUGCAUCAAGCAGUACAAACAACUGUAGCUCGAAUGCAAACUGUGCAAACACUGUUGGUUCGUAUACCUGUACAUGCAAGAAUGGGUUUACUGGAAACGGCUUUUCGUGUUUCGAUGUUGAUGAAUGCAAUUCAGGAGCACAUUCGUGUAGCGCUAAUGCUCAAUGCAUCAAUACAGCCGGAGGAUACAAUUGCGAGUGCAAUACUGGAUAUUUUGGAGAUGGGACCACUUGUGAUGACGGCGUAAACACAGUGGUUUGCGAUACAAACUGGAUGCUGAUAUACUUAGACUCCCGUUUCCAGAUGUCAAAUGGUACUGUAGUUACCUUGAGGCACAGUAACUGCACUGCAAAAAAGUAUGUCCCUGUCAACCGAUAUGGGUUGAUAACAGCAUUUAAUGACUGUGGAACAACUAAAAGAGAAACAAUGACGCAUAUUGUCUAUGAAAAUGAAGUCAUUUGGACAUUUGGAGGUAAUGGUGGUACCAUCUCUCGGUUGAGUGGGAAAAGGAUAUCAUACAGCUGCUCGUUUUCCCGCCAUGCUGACACGAAUAAUGCCAUUAUUAGAGCAACGACAUCCUUCCUUACAGCAAGUGAAGCUGGCUAUGGGAAUUUUUCUGUUUCACUUGAAAUGUUCAAUGGUUCAGACUUCACGAAGCCUGUAGGGGAAUUUCCACAAGAAGUUAAACUAAAUCAAAGGAUACAUUUUCAGGCCAAAGUUAAAUCAAAUGACAGCGACAUUGCUGUUUUGAUUGAGAAGUGCAUUGCCACGCCCACCAUGGACAUGAACCACCCUUCAAGUCAUACUCUGAUCAAAGACAGGUGUUCAUUUGAUUCCACCGUACAGUUUCAUCCGACUCAGGACCUCCAGUAUAUGCGGUUCAGUUUCGAUUCCUUUGCAUUUGUUGGGAAAAUGAAUCAGGUUUAUCUUCAUUGCCAAAUUUUCAUGUGCCAUAAGACUUCUACAGAUUCUCGAUGCUCGUCUGGCUGCCGAGGAAACAAUGUUAGAAGACUGCGAAGGUCGCUGACCGGGGUCAAAGAUUCCACAAGUUCCAAUCAUGAUUUGGCCGAAUCUGAAACAGAAAAUUCUAUGACGCUCAACUAUGAUUUGAUCGCAAGCAAGGUUGAAAAUGAAGGGUUGCAUCAGAGCAAACGCAUUCAGAAACGAGAUGUUGCGAAGGAAAACUUCCCUCCCUCAAAGACAUAUGAUCUGAAUCUUGGACCAUUGAAAACCAGUGAGAACUCUGGUGCAAAGAAAAAUAAUCAAAAUUCAGCUGAUAGCGGAAAGUUCACGUCCACCCAUGGACUGAUCUUGGGAGUUGCUCUUCUUGGAAUGUGCGUGGUCGCUCUCGUGGGAAAACCAUUGAUAAAUAAAAGACUCAAAAUAUCAAAAGCGUGGAAUAGCAAGAAGGCAAAUGAACUUAAAGAUGGCUCAAAUGUUAACAACGGCUAUGAAAUGGAAGCCACAGCUUGAACUUGAAUCCUUUUGACUAUUAGUCGAGAUACUUAUUCACACAUAAUCGAGGCACAGUAGUUCAUUUAGCAAAAAAUAACAUAAAAUAUUACAUUUAAAGCUUGCUGGUUAUGAUAUCUCUUACACCCGAAAAAACAUUAAUUUAAUGUUAAAAAUGAUAAAGCAUGGUGAAAUUUAGACUCUUCACCUCUUGUAUAGAUCUUUUUUGUAAAGGCGAUUGUUAUCAAGGCAACCUUUUUAUUAACAGGAUAGCUGAUGCCUUCUAUCUUUUCUGCGGCAGCUGUGACGUAGAAGACCAAAGCGAUAUGAAUCUAAACUAUUAGCUUCGUGUGCCAAGCCAGGCUUUGUUUUAAGAUCUUUUUCUGGUAUUUUCCGUUUUACCAGGAUGCUAUGAAGUCUAUGUUAUGUGUGGUUUUUUCAAAAUUUCCCAGAAUUCCAUCCCUUGAUACGCGUGAUAAAUUUAUUUUGCUGUUGAGCUAAAGAAUAAGACAGCCGAAAAUCAAUAGUUAAUUUCAUAUCGCUGGCUAGAAUCACGGGAAUCGUUUAGGAUGAGCUUUAUGUGCAUAUCUACAUAACAUUAAUUAUAUAACUUGAAUUUUCCUUCUUUAUUCGUACAUUGUUCUUAGUUGCUUGCUUUUUAUAUUGUAUUUAGUUUUUUGUAUUUAUGUUAAUGUUUGCCAUGGGCAAUUUCAGCAUACAAACCUUUAUUAUAAAAAAGCACUUUCUACCUUCCCAGUCACUAAACGUCAAUGUUUUAAUUGCACUGUGAUUCAUUCACCAACUCCAAAGACAGGCACUCCUUUCCAAAGCUCCAUUUGAAACUGAGUUUAACUGAAACUGAGUUGGUGGAGAAGAUUGGGGCAGAAGAGGUUGGGGUCUUUCGCCGCUCUUCAAUAGAAAGUCAAUUAUUGAAGGGUAUUAAUUUUUCCUCCGUAAUUGUAAUUUAUGCUGAAGAAAAAGUAAGACACGAGUGAUUUUGCGACCAGCACUGAAUCUUUUCUAAUGUAGUAGCUUAUUUUAUCAUUAUUUUCUUAAAUAGCUGGCUGUUUUCAGCCUGGAACCAACAUCCCCUUGUUAAAUAAAUAGUUUCCAACGUAAAAUUCAGCAGACAUAUGCUAUCCAAUCUAUUUUCUUGAAUGAUCUGGAUAGUUAUAUCAAUGAAGCUUCCUUCGGCGUGUUUCUGGGUAACGUUAAAAUCAGCACGUUACUUUAUGCUGAUGAUUUAGUUUUACUCUCUGAUACAGCAGAUGGUUGCAAGCUCAGCUGACUGAGCUCGAUCGUUACACAAAUAGGUUUAAAUUGUCUGUAAAUAUUGAUAAAACAAAAAUUUUGGUUGUUGGUAGGAAAACUAGUAAAUCAAUAUCAUCACAUGCAUAGAAAAUCGGUAAAUGUGUGGUAAAAUCUUGCAACUCGAGUAAGUAUCUUGGUAUCACUUCUAAUGCAAAUGACUCUUUUGGUGAUCAUGUCAAAACAGUUAAAGAAAAGGCUCAGAAAUCGUAUUACGCACUUUUAUCGAAAAAUAGGGAUUAGGAAGGUUUGAAUCCGAGGCUUUUUAUGUUCUCGUUCGACAAAUUGAUCAUUCCUAUUUUGAAUUAUUCGUGUGAGGUUUGGGGCCAAAAGGAGUGGCCAACUCUGGGAAAAACUACACUUGCAAACCUGCAACUGUGCUCUUGAGGUCAAAUCACCAACGACCUCAGAUGCAAUUUAUGCGGAAUUAGGCAGAAUUAAUUUAUUAGCUAUGAGGCAUAUUGUCGUUAUUAAAUUUUACUUCAGAUUAUGUAAUUUAAGUCCGAAAAUCUACGCAAAACGCUUUCCUUAAGUUAUCAGAUGAUGCUUUGACUAGUGUUAAAAAACCUGGGUUUCAGAUACCAAGGACCUGAUCACAUUUGAUUCUACAACAUUAAUGUCUCUGGUAGUGUACCUGCUUUUAAAUCUAAGGUAAUGCCUCAUUUCGCUUCAAGCAUCAGGAAAAAAUUAAAGGCCACAUCAUUAACGAAAAGAAGCUACGGACCUAUGCGCCAAUUAAAAACCACUUCUACGUUAGAUUUGCAACUUGAUAUUAUUCCAGAUUUUAAAACAAGAAGUAUGCUUUGCAGAUUAAGAUUUAGUUCUCAAAACUUGCAUAUUGAGACUGGCAGAUAUGGCAACAAGCCUACUCCCAAGGAUAAAAGAAUCUGAAGAAAGAAAUAAUCUGUUGGUGAAAAUUGAAGAGAGGUAUCCCUAUAUAAAAAAAUUUAGUCAUGAAAACAAGUUUAUUUAGAUGAUGAGUCAAGAAGAAUUGAUUCAAAUUCUUGCGAUAACAGUAAGGAGAGCAUUCCAAAUGCGUGAAAUUUUUCAGAACUUUUGAAAAAUUGCGCUGAUCAGUUUGCUGUUGUAUAUUUAAGCUGUUAUAAUUUUUGCAGCCAUUUGUAGUAAUAUUUUAGAUGUAGUAACUUUAAUUAACCAUUUAAAAUUACGACGUUUUGUUUUGUUGUAGUAGAUUGAGCGCCAUUUCGGCCUAUCCAUCCAUUAUUAUUAUAUAUAAAAAAGGAAUAGGAAAAUACAGGGCAGAAGUUUGAGGCGUUGGAAUUAUAUCGAAAGACAAAUUAGAGAAUAAUUUUGGUUAAUAAAAAUUUCUAAAUAAUGGUCCUUGAUCACGCAGAUGCAUUCGGUCCCAGGUCUGCAGUCUUGUACCCUGCAGUCUUAUAUGGAGUGAGUCUGGUACCCAGGGUAGCAGUCUUA